AAGACGCUGACAGGAAAGACCAUUACUUUGGAAGUAGAGGCCUCUGACACCAUUGAAAAUGUGAAGGCGAAAAUUCAGGAUAAAGAAGGAAUCCCACCAGACCAGCAGAGGCUGAUUUUUGCCGGAAAGCAGCUUGAAGACGGACGCACGUUGUCCGAUUACAACAUUCAGAAGGAAUCCACUCUUCAUCUUGUGCUUCGCCUUCGUGGUGGAAUGCAAAUUUUUGUUAAGACUCUUACAGGAAAGACCAUUACUUUGGAAGUAGAGGCCUCCGACACCAUAGAAAAUGUAAAGGCGAAAAUUCAGGAUAAAGAAGGAAUCCCUCCAGACCAGCAGAGGUUGAUUUUUGCCGGAAAGCAACUUGAAGACGGACGUACGUUGUCCGAUUACAACAUUCAGAAAGAAUCUACUCUUCAUUUA